CUCUGUCUGAAGAGAGGUUUAUGAUUAACAGAUAUAUUAUUUGUACUUUCUUCUAGGUCCUGUUAAUUCCCACGUUGGGAUCUUCAAAUUUUCCACUGUGUACUUUUUGUCUGGAGAAAACCUUGGACUAGAGAUAAGGCCAUAUCCAAAAAUGUAUUUCUAGCAGCUCCUGCUUCCAGACAACCUGUCUGGGCUUGAGGCUGAAUCAAGACCAUGAAGGGCCUGCUGUUUCUCGCCUUUGUUGGGGUGGCUGUUGCCUUCCCCACCAUCGCUGAGGACGAUGAUGACAAGAUCGUGGGAGGCUACACCUGUGCAGAGCACUCUGUUCCCUAUCAGGUGUCCCUGAAUUCCGGAUAUCACUUCUGUGGAGGUUCCCUCAUCAGCAGCCAGUGGGUCCUGUCAGCUGCUCACUGCUACAAAUCUCGCAUCCAAGUGCAGCUCGGGAAACAUAACCUGGCCCUGACAGAAUCCACACAGCAGUUUAUUAACUCGGCUAAAGUCAUCCGCCACUCUGGCUACAGCUCCUAUACCCUGGAC